AUGCAGGAGGUCAGCGGGGCCUGCAGCCUGGACGAUGACAUGCUGGAAGGAGACCUGGGGGAUGGGACAGGGGGAGCCAGAGCCUCACAGCAGACAGCCUGCUGUCCAGAGCAGAGCCGAGGAGCAGCAGCCUGGGGGGGGGGCGCCUGGAUCCCUGGCCUGAAGACAGCAGGGCCCCAGCAGAGGGCCCGCUGGAGGCCCCCCUGCUCCGGCUCCCUGGUUGACCUUUCCAAAGACGAGCUGAAGGACAGACUGCAGGAAGCAACUGAGGUGAUAGAGGUGUUGUGCUCUGAGCUGGAGGUGGCACAUCGUUACCUGGAAGGCAAAUACGAAGCUCUGAAGAUCCUGCAGGGAAAGACCAUUCUGGACAAAGCCACGAGUCACACUAAGAGUCUGCUGCAGAAAAGUGAGGCGAUGGCCAAAGCUCUGGAGAAGGAGGUGAACAGCUUGCAGUGGGAACUGAGCUUCAGCCAGGUCCAGAUGAAAAAGUCUCAGCAGUCCUGGGAGCAGAAAUACAACAGAAUACUGAGUGAGAACAAGGCUCUGACUGACAGCCUGGAGGAAAGAGAGAGUGAGAUGCAGCAGCUGCGAGCAGAACAUUCUGCUUGUAGUCGGCAGUGCUUGGAGCUGCUCUCCAUGUUGAGUGUGAAGGAGCAGAGAGCUUACCAAGGCACCAAACCUCAGUACAGCCCCGAGAGAGACGCAGCUGAUCUGGAGCUGGCGGUGCUGGGGGCCUGCCGGUGCCCGGGGGCUGCUCCGUGUCCCUGCGGUCACACCGCUGCAGCCAGCAGGAAGCAGCUGGUGCAGCUCCAACAGGAGCUGGACGCUCAGCGUUUGAGGAGAGAGGAGGCGUUAAUGGUUGCAGAUGCUUUUCGGAUCGCCUUUGAACAGCAGCUGAGGAAACGCAGUGAUCACUUCCUGCUGCGGGCUGAAGGCAACGCACAACCCAGCAAGGCUGAAGGAGCCAACAGGAGUCCCUUAAUGAGUGUGAGCCAGAGGCUGAGAGGACUGCUGCCCUCCAAGACGUCCGAGGACCUUCUAGAGACUCUGUACAGACUGCUGGACCUGCUGAAUGACAAGGAGGAGGCUCUGGCCCACCAGAGGAAGGUGAGCCUCAUGUUGGCCCACAGUGCAGAGGAGCUGCAGAGACAGCUGCUGCUGGACUCACACUGCCGCAAACCAGAACCAGCAGAGAACCACAGCCAGUCUCAGCAAACAUCAAAUAACCAAAACCAUUCUCUACAAACAUUGGAACACUCAGAGAACCAGAACCAGCCUCAGCAAACCUCAGAACCGUCAGAGAACCUGAACCAGCCUCAGCAAACCUCAGAGCCGUCAGAGUCUGAGAGAAAAGCACAGCAAUAAGCAGAGCUGUUACACCCACUGCUUCAGGCCGGUCCAGCACUGAAUCACUGGAGCUGUUGGAACCUUCACAGUCCCCCAUCCAGCCACUGUCCAACCACAAGAGCUACCAAACCAAACCAAACCAUCGGACCUAGCAGACUCCGAGGGUGGUUCUGUAGACUUGGAUGUAGCGUCUGUGAUGUAAAUUAUAAGAGAUUACAUAAUCAGGAUACAAAAAAAAGGUAACUGUAUUCGAUUACAAUUACAUUAAAAAGUAAGAAAUCCGAUUACUGUUACAUUCUUUAAACACAGGGAUUACCAGCAGGAUUACAAUGUUACAAAACAUUUUAAAUUAAAGAUUUAUACGUAU